UGCCUCCGUUUGUUGACGAAAGCUGCGUCGCGUGUUGAGCUACUUGCGUGAUUUUUCCUGACAGAAUCGUGUUGUCACAUCUUCUGAAGAAUCAAAAAGAUGUCAAGAAGCCGCUACGUUGUAAAGUCGAGUUACACUUUGAACUUUUGUUUCUUGGAUUCUGUAUCUUAGCAACCUUUUGCUACUCAAAUGUGCUGUUACAGUUUUUGCGAUUAGUAAUUAACUGUAUGUCGCACACCUAUCAUAACUAUUUAAGUGACACAAAUCGGUCAUGCCCAUUAUUUCUUGUAUUCCUUUUUCAGCUUUCCUCUAAAAGAAAGUUAACAUCUAUGGCAUGUGUCCUUGCUGGAUCGGCAACUGUAUUUCUCGGCAUUGGAUCAUUUUCUGGAAAUGAAGUCUUCUACAAGAAUAUUUUAAUGCCAGGAAUGCAGCUCAUUACAACCCCAGAACAGGCUCAUAGACUUGCCGUUAAUAUAUUAAAGUGGAAUUUAGUUCCAAGACAGAGAGGCACAGAUCCUGAUGUCCUGAAAACCAAUGUUUACGGCCUCAGCUUUAACAACCCCGUCGGAGUAGCAGCAGGGUUUGACAAAGAUGGUGAAUGUGUCCAUGGACUGUUCCGCUGUGGCUUUGGCUUUGUCGAAGUUGGUUCUGUGACUCCACUACCACAACCUGGAAACCCCAAGCCCAGAGUUUUUCGGCUAAGAGAGGAUCAUGCCGUCAUUAACAGGUAUGGAUUCAAUAGCAGUGGUCAUGAAGGAGUGCUUGCAUCACUCUGUGCAACCAGGAGCAGAUCAGGCCCUCUGGGCGUCAAUUUGGGCAAGAACAAGGAAAGUGAAGAUGCGGCUCAAGAUUAUGUGCAAGGCCUUAAAAAAUUUGGUGAAGUUGCAGACUACGUUGUUGUAAAUAUUUCUAGCCCAAACACUCCAGGGUUGCGUGGCUUACAAAGGCAGAAGGAUUUACGAGACCUCCUGCAAAAAGUUUUAGAACAGCGAGACCAGCUGGCUAAGCGACUGCCAGUGCUCGUGAAAAUUGCUCCAGAUCUCACGGAUGAAGAAAAAAACGAUAUUGCAGUUGUUGUUACGAGUGCAAAGUGCAAGGUUGAUGGUCUCAUUGUAUCCAACACAACAGUUUCAAGACCAGAAAACCUCAAGAGCAAACACAAAAGUGAAACAGGAGGCCUGAGUGGGUUACCCCUGAAGUCCUUGUCAACCAGUAUGAUAUCAGAUAUGUAUAGACUUACCAAAGGACACGUGCCUAUCAUAGGUGUGGGAGGCAUAUCAUGUGGCCAGGAUGCUUAUGAGAAAAUCAGAGCUGGUGCAUCCUUGGUACAGCUGUAUACGGCCUUGGUCUAUGAAGGUCCUCCGCUGAUUAGAAAAGUGAAGAUGGAACUAGCUGACCUGCUUGUGAAGGAUGGAUUCAAAACGCUUAGUGAUGCUGUAGGAGCUGACCACAGGAAGUAAUGUUGAAAUGUUACAUAUCAAGAGACAACAGAGGUUGGAGAGGUAUCAGCACAAGGAUUUCUACCAAUGGUGAUAACAGAGAUUUUGCUGUCGAACUCACAAUUCAUGUUUCCCAGAAACUUCUAGCAUGAGUAAAAAAUUCCAUAGUUUUGUUCUCCA